CAGCUUAAUUCUGACCAGAACCAUAAUUUCCAGCACUUAGUGGCAAUUGCCUAAAAUGUAUGAACAGUGUUGCAAUCAGAAAGUUGAGUGGUCUUCCAGCUGCAUGUCACCAGAAGCCAAAGACUGACUUAUCACGUAAGUGGAGGGCUGCAAAAUGAUGUGCGAGUUGCAGAUAAAGCAGUCCAGUGUUUGGCGCAGUAACACGGCUGCCACUGUGCCGUGAAAGGCCUAGUGCAGGGGCAGACCAGCUAGGGCCUUUCGGAUGGCUUGGGCUCGACUUCCAUGAUGCACUACCCUUGGAUUUCCUUGCUCGGGCUGUGAUCCAAAUCAUCUAGAGGACAUCAUGUUGCCCGCCAACUUUUUUAUAUUCCUUGUAACUCUGAACCCUCAGUCAUUCUUAAAGUCUGCCUCAGGUCAACUGCUUGUCUUUUGUGGGGCCAGCAGCAGGGUAUAUUUGGACCUCUCUUAAGUUAAACAUUAUUCUGGCAGGACAACUUGCAGUAAAAUAUAAAGUACAGUUACAUAUAAUCAAUAUAUCUUAAAUGAGAAAGUACAAAUCAAACUGGUAGAAGCAACAUAGUACCACCCAUUAAAAUUAAACUUGGCAAUGAAAGACCUAUCAAGGUAGGCACCAGGCAAGUCUCUCUGAGGAUAGUAUUCUAUAUCAUUGGGGUGCCAACAGUAAAAAGGCCCUAUCUAUAGUUGAUGCAUGUCACAUCUAUAAAGUACUUUUGAGUUAAAAUAAAAAUCCACGUAAUGAAUACCAACUUGAACUAUGCUGCUAUUCUCCAAAGUCUUUGACACAGUUCUUCUAAAGGAAUCUACAACCACAUUGCCCUGUGUUGCAGCAUUGGGUUGUUGGUCCAUUUCAUCAGAACAAACUGUUAUGAAAUACUUAGUGGUAAUAUACAGUAUUUAUUUACUCAUGCUUUUGCUGCUGAAAUGAUUUCCUUAGAAACAGUAAAGGCGACCUUCUGUUGGUAGGUGUGCAUUUCAUUAUGGAUUAUCAGGAAUAGACAACAUGCAGUUUUGCUUUUACUGCGCUCUUUCCCCAGUCCACAAAAAUUGCCAUUACCCCCUCCAUCAUCAGCACCCCAGCAUUCAUGAUCUGUGACUGCUUUAUUUAGAGACAGGAAUACAAGGAAAUGUACCUUAUUCACUAAAAAAAUACAUGUCAGCAUUCAACAGGUACAAUGUAAUUACCCUUAAAUGGUUCAAUCAUGUUAACUAUAAAUUAGCAAGCACAGAAAAUUAUGUUCUGGUCCACCUUCAGCUUGAGAUGUAUAAAUCUGGUCCACAGUGAGGAAAGGUCUGACUGCACAUGGAUUAGCUUUAUUUGCCACCGCGUAGGAAGUUGUGCCUGGACCUCAAGUGCUAUAGGACACUCUGACAAAGGCCAUCUUGCUUGAAAGGAUACCUAAGAUUCUAGAACCUGUUCAUGUCAGGGAUCUCAUUAUGGGAGGGGUUCUGGAACCCCUGAACCAAUCACACCCUUUUUCCAAGAGGAGGGUUAAGUGGAAGGCCCGGCAGCUCUUUCCGCUGCCUCCCCCCACCUUGAAAAAAUGGAUGAUGCCUCUGCUUCGGCGGGGUACUCCCAUCGCCACAUGGAGAGGAAGAUGAGUGCGAUGGCUUGUACAGUCUUCAAUGAACUUCGACUGGAAGGGAAGCUCUGUGACGUGAUCAUCAAGGUCAACGGGUGUGAGUUCAAUGCCCACAAGAACAUCCUCUGUAGCUGCAGCUCCUAUUUUAGAGCUCUUUUUACCAGUAGCUGGAACAACUCAGAAAAAAGAGUAUAUAAUAUUCCUGGCAUUACCCCAGAUAUGAUGAAGCUCAUCAUUGAGUAUGCCUACACACGGACAGUGCCCAUCACUGUGGACAAUGUGGAGAGGCUUCUUGUGGCUGCUGACCAGUUCAAUGUGAUGGGCAUUGUGAGGGCUUCUUCUGACUUCAUGAAAUCUCAGCUGUGCCUGGAGAACUGCAUUGGAAUCUGCAAGUUCACAGAGUACUACUACUGCCCCGAUCUGCGGCAGGCGGCCUACAUGUUCAUCUUGCACAGCUUUGAGGAGAUGGUGAAGGCGUCUACUGAAUUCCUGGAGCUCUCAGUCAAUGAGUUUAAAGACAUCAUUGAAAAGGACGAACUCAAUGUGAAACAGGAAGACGCCGUCUUCGAGGCCAUCCUCAAAUGGAUCGCCCACGAUUCCCCCAGCAGAAGGCAGCACAUGGCAGUCCUGCUUCCAAAGGUCCGUCUGGCCUUGAUGCACGCGGAAUAUUUUAUGAACAAUGUCAAAAUGCAUGACUAUGUGAAGGACAGCGAGGAGUGCAAGCCCAUUGUUAUCGAUGCGCUGAAGGCGAUGUACGACCUGAACAUGAACGGCCCGUCGAGUUCCGACUUCACCAACCCCCUGACGAGGCCCCGCCUGCCAUACGCCAUCUUGUUUGCCAUCGGCGGCUGGAGCGGCGGGAGUCCGACCAACGCCAUCGAGACGUACGACGCCCGCGCAGACCGCUGGGUGAACGUGACGUGCCAGCAGGAGAGCCCCCGGGCGUACCACGGGGCCGCCUACCUGAAGGGCUACGUCUACAUCAUCGGGGGCUUCGACAGCGUGGACUACUUCAACAGCGUCAAGCGAUUUGAGCCCGUCAAAAAGACGUGGCACCAGGUUGCGCCCAUGCACUCGAGGCGCUGCUACGUGAGCGUCACUGUCCUCGAGGACUUCAUCUACGCCAUGGGUGGCUUCGAUGGGUACGUGCGUCUCAACACGGCUGAGCGGUACGAGCCCGAGACCAACCAGUGGACCUUGAUAGCCCCCAUGCAUGAGCAGAGGAGCGACGCAAGCGCCACCACCCUGUAUGGAAAGGUCUAUAUCUGCGGGGGGUUUAACGGGAACGAGUGCCUCUUCACAGCUGAAGUCUACGACGCCAAGAUCGACCAGUGGAGCCUGAUCGCGCCCAUGAGGAGCAGGCGAAGCGGCAUUGGUGUCAUCGCGUACGGAGAGCACGUCUAUGCGGUGGGUGGAUUUGAUGGCGCCAACCGCCUUCGGAGCGCAGAGGCAUACAACCCCAUAGCCAACACCUGGCGGACGAUCCCAACCAUGUUCAACCCCCGGAGCAACUUCGGCAUCGAAGUGGUCGACGACCUGCUGUUUGUGGUGGGUGGGUUCAAUGGCUUCACGACAACGUUCAACGUCGAAUGUUACGACGAAAAGACAGAUGAGUGGUAUGACGCCCACGACAUGAGCAUCUAUCGCAGUGCGCUGAGCUGCUGCGUGGUGCCCGGGCUGCCCAACGUUGGAGAGUACGCGGCCAGGCGGGACAACUACGUGGGGUCAUCCCAGAGGGAUGAGGUCAAGUACUCCUCAUCCACAAGCACACUGCCUGUGUGAAAAGCUCCUUGACGAAUAAAGCCCUCUAAGCAAGACCUAUAUGCAUAGGUGGAUUCACCUUUUAUUUCCCCCCAACUAAGCAGUGCAAUGAACGAAAGGCAGGCAAUCCUCCCCCAUUCAGGGCCUCGACGCCCCAGCUCUUUACCCGGCAGGCAGCCACAGAGUUGGAGAAAUUCUGAGGCCAUGAAGAAAGAUCUCGGGAACAUCGACAGGAUGCAGAGACAAGCUGCAAGGGUCAGGGAGGCUAUUGGGUUCUGCUAGGUCAGCUGCUCUUGCUCUGACCCAAAAGGAGAUGAAGGGAGGACAUCUGGUAUUCAGAAAUACAGAACAGCAGGCCGUGGCCUUUAUCCAAAAGGGAAGCGUUGAUUGUAAAUCAGCCUCAUUAUGUCUGUAUCUAAGGUUGUAGCAACCCUUCCACUCUGCCGGAUGAACAGCCCUUUGUAAGUAGAAGCUUGCAUAUUCCUGCACCAGUAGAACUUGAUCCAAUAAAGCCCAUUCACACAGAC